AUGGAAUGUGGAAAAAUAUUCAGUGGCAGCAGAAAGAGCUUCAGUAUUAAGCAUUAUCUUACUUCACAUGAAAGGACCCAUACAGGGGAGAAACCAUUUAAAUGCAUGGUGUGUGGAAAAACAUUCAGCCACAGGAGUAGCCUGACUUUACAUCUAAGAACACACACUGGAGAGAAACCAUUUAAGUGUAUGGAAUGUGGAAAGAGCUUAAGCCAAAACAGUCAAUUUACUGGACAUCAAAGAACCCACACAGGGGAGAAACCAUUUAAAUAUAUGUAGUGUGGAAAGAGGUUCAGGGAGAGCAGUUCACUUACUUCAAAUCAAAGAACCCACACAGGGUAGAAACCAUUUUAAUAUAUGGAAUGUGGAAAGAGCUUCAGUUGGAGAGAUCAACUUACUGUACAUCAAAGAACCCACACGGGAGAAACCAUUUAAAUGGACGGAAUGUGGAAAGAGCUUCUGUGGCAGCCAUAGCCUUGCUCAAAAUCACAGAACCCACAUAGGGAAGAAGCCAUUGAAAUGCAUGGAAUGUGGAAAGAACUUCAGUGUGAGACUCACUGUAAAUCUUUAACAUUUUGAAGGUAAAGUUGCUUGCCUCCGUAGCAGUCUUUUUUUUUUUUAAUAUAUUUUUUUUAUUUUUUAUUUUGUUUCUUCACAGGUAUCUUUAUAUGAGAUGAAUUUUCUCAUUUACAUCAGAUACCAGUAUAAUUAAGAAGCAAUAGUUAUCCAACAACAGUAAACAAGCAUUCAAAUGCUAACAAAGAAAAUAAAAUCUCUCAGACACCCAACCUCUGACUAAACUGAUAUGCAGUCUAAAUGAUUGUGAAUAAAAUUCUGUUUCCUUUCUGUUAGGCCAUUACAUCGUUUAUAAGUGUCUCCAUAUCCUCCAGGCUUCCACUGAUGGACAAUGCACAAACGUAUCUUCCGAAGUGUAUUCAAUAAAGGA